AUGGCAAUAUCUCGAUUAGUUUUAAGCAAUUGGAAGGAGGCAAAUGAAAAAACUAAUGGAGAAGUUGUAGACAAAUCAAACCAAUUAAAGGUUUCUGAUAUGUGGCGAGAUAUCCAGGGUGCCAAACAUUGGAAUGGCUUGCUCGAUCCCAUUAACCCACUUCUCAAAGCAGAGAUACUCAGAUAUGGUGAUUUUGCACAGCAAUGCUAUGAUUCAUUUGACAAUACGCGCUCUUCCACAUACUAUGGGAAUUGUAAGCGCAGCAAAAGCUCGCUUGCCCACAGACUGGAGUUUCUAAAUUGUGGGCGUGGAUAUCAAGUUACUAAAUAUAUAUACGCCAAUACGAGUCUUUUGGACUCCAUUUUUGGCGAGGAAUCAAGUGAAGGCGUUGCCUGGAUAGGUUUUAUUGCAGUUUGCACUGACCCAGAUGAGAUAAAGCGAUUGGGAAGACGUGACAUAGUUGUUGCAUGGAGAGGCACGCAGACUCCAUUUGAAUGGAUGGAAAAUCUCAGAGACAUAUUGGUUCCUGUUAUGGCAUCAAAGGCUACAACAUACUCCAACAUCCAAACCAGUUCAAAUCCAGAUGUCAGGAUAGAGAAGGGUUUUCUCAGUUGUUAUACGUCCACCGACGAGGACUCUGUCAGAUGCAUGCUUAGUGCAAGGGACACUGUAGUGGGUGAGAUAACCAGAUUAGUAAAGGAAUACAAGGAGAAAGAAGAAGAUUUGAGCAUAACAUUUACCGGACAUAGCUUGGGAGCUGCACUGGCAACCCUGAGCGCAUAUGACAUAAAACAAAUCAUGGUGAAUGAAUAUGGUGUGACCUCAAUUCCCGUCACAGUGUUUUCCUUCGCGUCUCCGCGGGUAGGAAAUCUGUCUUUUGCCCAACAUAUGGAAGAUAUUGGCGUCAAAGUGCUGCGUGUGGCAUAUGUUCAUGUGGGAGUAGAGAUUAGUAUAGAUAGCAGCAGCUCGGCUUUCCUGAAGCACAUGCAUAAUCCUGCAAAUUUCCACAACUUGGAGGUUUAUUUGCAUGCACUUGAUGGCUUUCAAGGAAAUAACAACCUACCCUUUAAGCCAUCGGGAAGAGAUCCAGCUCUGGUUAACAAAUACUCCGACUUACUGAUUGAAAGCCUCCAAAUACCUUCUGAGUGGUGGGCAAAGAGAAAUAAAGAAGUGGUGAAACGCAUAGAUGGUAUGUUGGUCUACUCUCCUACAACUCCAACCCCUGUUCCUCUUCCGGAUGUUCCCCUCUAA